AUGGGAAAUAGCUCAUCAACACCUGUUCGCGACCAGGACGCGAUAGAAGAAGAUGAUGAAGAUGACAUUUUGACAGAGGCCGCCUUUGCCAGAAGAGCCGAGGACAUACGCAGCCGGUUUCCGAUUGAGUCCCCAGUCGACGAAGCUAUCCCAUGCGAGUACACGGCCUUCAUCUCGCCAGAUUCUCCUCCUCUCUUAACCACACUGCCUCCCGAGCUCAUUGAAGAGCUAGUGAGCUAUCUAGACAAUCGCUCAAUUAAGAAUCUACGCUUGACUUGCAGACUCUUUUGUACUAUUAAGUUACGUAUUAAUCGAGUCUUUCUCUCUGCCAAUCCACUCAAUAUUCGCGUCGUUCAUUCUAUUGCCGAUCACGAUGUAUAUCGCCAGGAAAUUAUCGAGCUUAUUUAUGACGAUGCGCGUUUAUGCCACUCUCGUGCUGAUCAUUCCAACAAUCAACAUCCGGAUACCGUCCGGCCAAUACCUCUCGAGAUAUUAUACGAUAGGCCAAUGACGGAUAUGGAAUGGUUUCAGACGGAACGGGAUGCGAACCUUGAGGAAUUACAGUCACGCGAAAGGCACGAUGAGUCAGGCCAUCCUACAGACCUUAGAAUAUACCGGCAAGCAAAUGCCGAGUUGCCGUUGGCAGAAUCAUGGUCAUAUUACCAUGAUCUCCUACACCAGCAAGAUGACGUGAUCGCUCAUGGGGCUGAUGUCCAGGCUUUUCGAUAUGCUUUGCAGCGGUUUCCCGCCCUGCGAACAGUCACUGUUACACCUGCUGCUCAUGGAUGGCUAUUCACCCCUCUAUACGAGACUCCUAUGAUUCGAGCUUUCCCCUAUGGAUUCAAUUAUCCACUUCCUCGCGGCUGGCCAACUGAACGUUGUUACGACACUGGCGAAGAACCCGCACCUUGGGAAGAUUCAAAAGCGCGAUGGCGCGGCUAUUGUUUAGUUGUAAAGGUUUUGGCUCAAGAGCGACAGCAUCAUCGCGUCUCUGAGCUUCGAAUUGACUCCCACAAUCUACGUAAUGGCCUCAAUUGUCGCAUCUUCGAGCAGCCAUCCGAGGAGUAUUUAGACUUUGUUUCCUGCCUUCAGCACCCUAACCUAAAGAAAUUGCAUCUAUCCCUUAUGGUGGAGUUUAGUUGGACAGCUUUUCGCCGUAAUCUCUUGCGGAACGCCUUAGCAAAAUCGUCACAGCUAGAGUAUUUCAGCUUGGAAACAGGCAUGGACAUAUUCAGCUACGCCCCCAUGUAUUAUAGCCACCAUGAGAUCCCACCAGCGCUGCAAACAUUUCUUCCUGUUGAUCGCUGGACAAGGCUACAAUAUUUUCGGUUAUGGAACAUUCCAGUGGAUUCCGCUGAUUUGAUAUUAACACUCUUACAGCUUCCUGCAUUGCAGUUACUUGAACUGGGGUUCUUAUUUUUACAAUCUGGCACCCAGCGUGAGUUACUAGAGGAAAUGCGUGACUCUCUGCUUUGGCAUGAACGAAACACGCGGCCCAAAGUCAAGUUUGCUGUACCCAUCGAUCAUUAUAUUCAGGGACGCGCAAUUUGGAUUGACGAAGAAGUUGAGAAUUUUUUGUAUCAUGGUGGCGAGAAUCCUCUUGAGAUAAACGAUGAAGUAUGCUAUGACAUGGGAGUUAUGAGAGAUGCAUUUGAUCCAGAGUUUGAGAGGCCUUAUAUACAUCCGAAGAAGAGAUUAGAGCUUCUACGAGCAUUAAAGCUAUAAGUAUAAUUGAAAGCAGA